GUUCCCAGCAAAUCAGACUUACAGAUGGAGAGACCUCGCCGCUCCACCGGGUACUACGCUCGAGUUAAACCCGACGCGACAUCCCGAUCCUCCCCGGUGCUGACAUUUAGCGGCUUGUGUUGACUUCCUAAGGGCACAGCAUUUACCCGUCAAAAGGCGCUCUCAUACCGAUCACUGUUCCAUCGUCGCCCCCAUACACACCUACCCCAGUGUGCAGGUCAUCAUGAAGCCCUUAUUCCGGUCUAUUCGGCUUGGCUCGAUGGCGGCUCCGCGGGCACUCUGGCUGACGGCGCUGUUUGCGGCUCUUGCCCGCACGGUGCAUGCUGCGGGGCCCGUGGUGCGCUGUGAGCCGUGUGACGCCGGUGCUCUCGGCCAGUGCAAGCCGCUGCCACGUGACUGCGCUGAGCGGGUGCGCGAGCCGGGCUGCGGCUGCUGUCUGACGUGUGCGCUGCGUGAGGGCCAGGAGUGCGGCGUGUACACGGGACGAUGCGGCUCCGGACUGCGAUGUCAACACCGGCCUGGUGAGAACAAACCCCUGCUGGCGCUGCUGGAGGGAAGGGGUGUGUGCACCAAAGCCAGGGACAGAAAUCUAUCGAGAGUCGAUGACUCAGGUCACCCUGUUGAGGAUCAUCUGCAUACCACCACCAUUGCAACAGUCAUCAAGCGCACUGAGGUGGCGCAGGACACUGCGACAGGUUCGGGGGUUGGAGAGGGCUUGCAUAGAACAGCUGAGCUGGAGACUAAAGGGCCUCUGCUGAACACUAAGCUCGGCAUGAUCCAGAUGGAGGAGUUUAAGCAAAGCCAGAUCUACAAAGUGGAGCCAGUGACCAAUGGAGUCCACUCUGAUAGCCACAAUUUCAGCCUGGAAACCAAAAGAGAGACUGAGUAUGGCCCAUGUCGCAGAGAGAUCGAAAGCAUUUUGAAGAGUUUUAAGAUUUCCAGAGUGAUAAUCCCUCGAUUUAUUCGCAUUCCAAACUGUGACAGGAAGGGCUUCUACAAGAAGAAACAGUGUCGUCCAUCCAAAGGCCAUAAACGUGGUCUCUGUUGGUGUGUGGACAAAUAUGGACAGCCUGUGCCAGGCUAUGAGAGAAAAGACCAUAAUAAGUGUUUCAACCUGGAAAAGAAAUGAGAAACGCAGGAGAGACUGAAGGAAAUUUGGAGAGGGAGGAAGAUCCCCUCUGAAUGGUAGGAAUCAACAGUGAAAAGGGGGAAAGGGAGAUUUUUAAAGGCGGUGCCCUAUUUCCGAGCACCCCACAUAUGCACCGGAGCAGGGACUCAUCAGGUCACUUUCACACAUCAGGGGAGUAGAGAGAGGGGGCAGGAGAAGGGAGGGGAAGAUCUGCGCUAUUCUAUUUUUAUUAUAGCCCAGUGAGGGCACCAUUUGGAUUACAUUAACAAAAGAAAUGUUUAAAUUACACUUUGGGCUUCAUUAUCUUUUGGUUAUGACUGACAGCUUCUUUAGUAUAUGAGUUCGACUGAAGUGUCCCUUUCUCUUUCUGGUGAAAUGAAACGCCUUGAGUAAAUCACUGCCAUGACUAUCACUGUCUCUCUUGUAGCAUUGCGUCCUGUCUCUGCCCUUCUGGUGUAAGACUGUUUGAGAUGGGCAUGCUCAGUAGUGUUGGCCUGCUCUUGCCAUUGGCUCCAUCAGAAGCACAAGCACUUGAUGCACUUUGGUCCCUCACUGAACAACUACCCCAUUCUAUUACAGUAGCCAUAUGUUACAACACGCCUAAGAGCAUUAUGAAAGUGUUUAAAUUUUACGCUAUUCUAGGACCUAUUAAUCACGCUGAAGGACUUUUUUUCCAAAAAAAGUCAUUACAGUGUUUCUUUUUUGUUUUGUUUUGUUGUGUUGUCAUUGUAGUUAUUUUCUUUUAUUUACUGCAUAUGCGAUCAUUUGCUGAUUUAUGCCCAGUUUAACCAUGUAGAAAAAUAACUACUUGACUUUCUGAUACAUGUUUUCAUCUUUUUUUUUUGUUAUUCAGCUGGAGGAUUGGAGAUUUAGCAAAGCUACAGCAUGCAGCAUGCUUCGAGUUAGAUUCCAAAUGUAUAUAAUACACAACUUCUAUUUAAUGCACUAAAAUACAUCUCAGAGCACUUCCCAGUUCCUAGUGCUGAAAAUGUCGACCGUGUCAUAUCGUAGACAUCUUGUGCAAUUCCUAAAACAAUUGCACAAACUGCACAAUUAUAUUUUUGAGUUUUUAGUGAAAAAAAAAAAGAAAAUCAGCAAUAUCUAGCAUUGCUAUCUAGCAUUACUCCAAAGCUUGAUAUUGAUCACUCAAUAAUCAAAAUUUGACAAAUAAUGAUUAUUGUUUAGUGCUCUGUCUCUUUAAACACUGUCUAGUUACUUCACCCAAAAUAAUAGCUAACAGAUCAGCUCAGUAACCCUGAUUAGCUUUGAAUUAUAUUGCAGUAAGGAUGAUGGGAUUAUUUUUUUUCCUUUGUCUAACCUCCUGUGAAAAGACUUGAAAUAUUGAUGGUGCCAGAGAGGUAUCCUCACUCCCAGUAGCUCAGUAGUACAGAAUCAGCCAAAAGCUUGACCCCUCAACACCCUCCCAAAAAAAAAUGUACAAAAUAUAUGUAAAUAUUUAUUCAAACAAUAUACAAAAAAGACUUAAAAGACAUGUUGGUGCUACACCUUGAAGAGUAUAACAAAGUACAAAAUGGUUGUCUCCUUGAGGUUGUGUCAUUUCUAUAUAGCUAGAUAUAUGUUUUGGGUUUAUUUUUUUUUCCUGGCCAGCUUUGUGUCUGCAAAGGCAUGUGAACCUUAAAAUAUUGAAGUUAUUUAUCUAAGAAAAGCAUAUAAGCUCAUCCUUUUCUCUCUUUUUUGAGGAUUAAGUGACUCACUGAUUGCACAACGGCUAAUAGUUAGAACUCAACAUAUUUUGGGAAUAUAAUCACUAAUGAGUUUUUAGAUAUUAUGUCAAUAGUGCAUUGUACAAAAUUACAAUUAAGAGAUAAUUCUGUCCUCGGUUAGGUUGCAAGACGUCUUCAGGUUUUAACGGCUAGUUCUAAGCAAAAGUCGGUCUGAGGCUUAGAAAGAUUCAAGCUUAUUCGCUUCAAAUUAAGCUAAAACUACAUGUUAAAAUUAAUCUGAGUGCCACUCUUAACCUUUCUGGGGCCUGAAGCAGAAUUCUUCUAUCUUUAUUCCAAUUUCUCUUUCUGUUCUGUAAAUCAACUUUGAUUAUGAAUACAUCCAUAAUGUAUAGGUACAUAAUGUAAUGUACCUUAUGUAGUUAAUCUGUUAUCUGUCUUUUUUUUUUUUUUUAGCAUGGAGGCAGAAAUUCAUAUGAAUAAUUAUGGAUAAUGGUAGUAUGGCAAUAAACCAACAUUAGAUAUAUACUAAUACUAAGCUAAAUAAUAAUGAGCAAUAUUAGCAUGGCAGGCCCCAGGGGUGGUGAAGGGGGAACUGCAGAACUUGAAAAUUAUACAUAUAGGAAGGACCAGCACUGGUCAUGCUAAGCUACUUUUUAAAAGCUCCACCAUGGCUUAUAUUAAAGCUAAUGCAAAGUUGAGUUAAGAAAAAUAAUAACUUGCCCUUCCUCAUUCUGUUGUGCAAUGUUAGGGCCACUUAUAGCCGCAAGUCACUUUUAAGGAUCUCUCCAUUCACGGGUAAUUGUUCUUUUUUUUUAUCAUUUUGAAAGAAUUUUGAUUUGUUAAAAAAGCUUUUCAUGUUACUAAAAUAAAUAUUACACAACUAUGCCUUUCUUUAAGAAAGGAAAAUGGUUUUGUGCAUAUAUGAUUUGUAUUUAAUGUAUUUUUUAAAAUAAAAAUAAACACUAUUUUAAUGUA